UAAAGUCAUUAAAAAAAGACUUAAGGCGACAGACAACAGCCGUCAAUCACUGGCAGGUGCGCGCGUCCCCGGAACGUUUAAUCGAUAGUCUUUUGUUUCGGAGGAAUUAUUUCAGCGACGUACAAAUACUAGGACCCCGACGGACUAAGUCGUUUAAUGCAAACAAGUAUUAGGAUGACGGAGAAAUCGGAAAAACUACAAGAGUACGAAGAGCUAUUCGCCCACAGAUUUUCCUCGGAGGAUCAGGAAUAUCAGGAAUAUCUGAGCCGUCCAGCUGACCCCCCACCCAUAGUUGAGGACUGGAGGGCCCGUGGAGGAGGAAACCAGAGAGGCAGGGACAACAGGUACCAGGACCGUCGUGGACACAGAGGUCGUGGGUGGGGAGGAGGAGGUGGUGAGCAGGGAUGGAGAAGGGACCAGCGUGGGCAGCAACACUGGCAUGAGAGGGGCAGAGACAGAGACAGAGACAGGCACUGGGGGCAUGGAAGUGGGUAUCACUCGGGCCAUUCAAGCUCCACUCAGGGAUACAGCUCUCGUCCUAAUAGACCACAUUUUGACCCUUACUGAACUGUAAUUUCAUCAGUCAUGUUUUGUCAGUAUUUAAAGAACCACUGAAGCAGUCUUAUAUCAUAUAUCAUGUAAUAUCAUAUGUAACAUCUUUUUGCAACAGAUGAUAGCUUGUGUGACUCUUAUUUGUCAUUGUUCAGAGUAUAAUAAGAUACUUGAAGUGUUCAUUGCAUAUGAACUCUGGCAAUCUUGUCCAAAGCAGUUUAGAUAGUUUAGCAGCUGCAUUUUUAUGUUUUCAUGAAAUUGUGAUUAAUUAUACACCACAGUAUUGUUGCAAGCACUGCAUCUAAUCUGCAAGACAAAAUGUAAAGCGUAAUCUUUCUCAAUUGCAAUGUAUUGAGGUCAUGAAACUAAACUGAUUUCAAUAAAUGGUAUUUUCUUAAAAACUUU